UCCGUUAGCUGCAGCACCGGUAUAGCUCGAUCAUCACGCGGCAGCGCUGAAAUGGACAUGCGAAGCAUCAGGCGUGAUGAUCACCUCUGAUCCUCGUAUAGCGUUCCGGUUUCGCGGUGAUUGCACCUUGGUAUAUCUGGAAUGCGUCUAGGGCAAUUAGCUGGAUGUGACCUGUUGCCGAUCGGAAGGGAAAGAUAGGAAUUUUAGCUUGGAUAACCAAUGGGGGAUCUUAUGUGCGUGUACGACUGACACAAGUGGACGAGGAACCUGUCGUCGUAUUUUGGAUAAGAAGUGACAGGAAUUUGAUAUACUGUGUCUUAGUUACGUAAUGUACCUGCGUUCAUAUCGUCACAAUAAUUGUGCGCAGGCCCGUUACGGUUUUUUACAUACGUUUUGGGAUGCGAGUGUGUAACGGAUGACAAUACGAUCAUCCGUGCAGUAUCAUAGGGCAGACCCGUAUUGACAUCUGAGUCUUGCCACUUGGAUUGGCAAUCUUUUGAGAUUAGCCUUGCUGCUUCAGAAAAAUGUGGAUACCGGUACACGUGUUUUAAAGAAAACUUAUCGCUUGCCCGUGCAAUUUAUAUACAAACAAUUCUGAAUAGCAGAAAUUGUUCCUGUUAGUUUUUGUCAACUGAACUUUGAAGUAAAAAGCUGUGGCGAAUUUCACCAGCGCAUUUGUCAGUGAAUAACCCGUAUAACCAUUUCGAAGCUGGUUUGGGACGGAAACGAGAAAGCUGGAGAUAUUUAAAAACAUACUAUAGUUGCCUUCAAUGCAAACGGAAGUAUCUGAAGCCAUUGCCAAGUUACUAAAGGAGAUAGCGCAGUCUUCAGCGAAAGGAUCAGCAUCGUCAGAGUAGGAGACCUCGUGGCGGAGCGUCACGAUACUUAUAGUAUUGGAUGGCGUUGCUUACUUCUUCAAAGACCUUCACCAUGGCAAAGGAGAAACUCCUCUCCUGCAAGGACGAACUGAAGAAUUACCAAUUCUGGAAAGCGGUCCGCUGUGAGUUUUUAGUGACCAUGCUACUGAUUUUUGUGGGCUGCGGUUCGUGGACCCACAGUGAUAACAGCUCAAUAAGGGAAUUGAAGAUUGCGUUAUGCUUUGGGUUGGCCGUAGCAACUCUCGUGCAAUGCGUUGGCCACAUAAGUGGAGCGCAUUUGAACCCUGCUGUCACAAUGGCUAUGCUAGUUACAAGAAAUUUAAGCAUCUUACGGGCAAUCUUUUACAUGAUAGCGCAAUGUGUUGGGGGUAUAGCUGGCGCCGGGAUACUAUACGGACUCACCCCCAAUGCUACGUAUCAUUCCUUGGGCGUCGCCAGCGUCCGGGACGAUAUGCCUCUGGCCCAGGCGUUCGGCAUGGAGUUUAUGAUUACGUUUAUAAUGGUGUUUACCGUUUUUGCAAACGUGGACCCGAGAAGGGCUGAUAUGGGAUCGCGGUCACUCGCUAUCGGAUUAUCUUAUACUCUCGGGAACCUUUUAGCGUUGAAUACCACAGGGGCCUGCAUGAACCCAGCCCGAGCACUUGGUCCAGCUUUAGUCAUGAACAUAUGGAAACACCAGUGGCUAUACUGGAUAGGUCCGUUACUCGGCGGUAUCAUCGGUGGAUUCACAUACGAAUAUACCCACGACUCUUCCGAACAGUUACAAUACUUUAAAAGAUCGUUUCGGCGGAAAAAGACCGCCAUGCAGCGAAGUCGGAGUAUCCACAGUUCAAAUUCGACCGUCUCAACGGAAAUGACCUUUACACCUACGUCAGAGGAUCUCGUGAUAUGAAGGAGAGGAUGCAAUUCGUAUUUUCUUGUACAGAGUUUGGCUUUUUCAGUCUCAUGUGGUUGGUGCUGAUACCCAGUUGUAUUGGGUUAAGUCACGCAGAGUUGAGUUACGAGAAAAGACCCGUAGUGGGUCAUUACCAGUCUCACAUAAGCAUGAUGAUGACGAUGAUGACGAUGAUGACGAUGAUGAUGAUGAUGAGGAGGAGGAGGGGUUGGGGGUAGUGACUGUUAUGAAUAUGCAACAGAUCACAUUGCCCCAUGAGCAGUACAGUUGUUCUGCGAUGAAGGAGCCGAUCGAGGUGAUGUUUCAAACCAUACUUAAGACAGGUGCAAGUUUAAAAUUAGUUUGGUCCAAAGACUGGUUGCUCUUCCGUUUCACGAUAAUUCAUUGUAAUCAAAUAGUACAGUGAACGUUGGGUUGUGACGUUACUAAUUUGGAAAACUGAUCAAAUACAAAACGGUUUUUAACAGGAAUGAGAGGUGUCGAGGCAACAGUAAUUGCUUUUCACGGUACCAAGGUGUUGCACGUGACCUCGAGAAUGAAACGUGACUGCGGCUAGAUAUUUGUAAUGAAACAACCUAACGUUCCGGGAUUGUGCAUGUCUGCGCAUCUUAAGGGAAGAUUACAGUCUCUGGAGAGAGAGAUACAAUGCCUUUAUCUCUUGCCGGUA